AUGCCAGUCACUUUAAUAAGAAAGUCCAGAGGUCUCCGUUUCGGGAUACCGCAUCAGAGUGAAGAAAUCAUAUGACGAUCAGUUGAGUGGAAAACUUGGUGAGCUUUAGGAUGUCGAAUACAAAAACUUUGGAUAAAAAAGAUCAUGGGUUUCAAAACUCAAAUGGUAAAGGGACAGCCAAUUUUGAAAUGGCUGUGACUGCUUGUGGUUAUGGUAAAUUUCACUAUAUUUUGUAUUUGGUUAUGAUUCCUGCUACUUGGGCAUCGAUUUUUGACACAUCGAAUACUUCAAUGAUUCUUCCUUCGGUACAGUGUGAUUUGGGAUUGACACCACUUUAUAAAGGUCUUCUCAAUGCCGCCGUCUAUUCAGGAAUGGUCUCGAGUGCUUUUUUGUGGGGUUUCUUAGGAGAUGUGCUAGGUAGAAAAAAGAUUUUAAUAUACUGUUUAUUAACCGAUGGUAUUCUCAAUCUUAUGACUGGAGUUUCUCAAAGUUUUUUGGUUCUUGUUUUCUUCAAAUUUAUGUCUGGCUUUGUUGUCAGCGGGCCUUAUGCAACACUCGUGACUUAUUGUUCCGAAUUUCAUGCAUUAAAUGACAGACCUAGACUUGUUUUAUUAAUCGGAAUGUUUAACAAUUCAGGAGCAAUUCUCAAUGCAGCAAUGGCAUGGCUGAUAAUACCUCAUAAUUGGUCCCUGAAUUUAUUCAAUGGAAGUUUCGUCUACAAUUCAUGGCGUUUAUAUAUGUCGUUUUGUGGCCUUCCAAUAAUUAUUGGAGCGGUGUGCUUUUUUUUCUUUCCCGAGAGUCCAAAAUUUCUCAUGAGUCAAGGUCGGAAUGAUGAAGCUCUAGAGGUGUUUAGGAAGAUCUACGCGGUGAAUUCUGGUCAAUCACCAGAUAGUUAUCCGAUUCGCGAGUUGGAGUCCGAAUUGGCCGAUUCUUCAAUAACGAAUGGAGUGAAUAUCAUUUCAAUCGAGAGACCCAGCGAAUUCUCUCAACGAUCAAAAAAUCAUAAAAGGUCAUUCAAAAGCGUUUUAACUCGUGGAAUGCGUCAGCUGAAACCACUCUUUGUGUCACCUCUUGGUUUCCGGUUGCUGUUGGUGGUAUCACUCAGUUUUGGCAUAAUAAUGACAUUAAAUACUAUUCGUUUAUGGCAACCGCAAAUUUUUACAAUUUUAACAUAUUUUGAUAAUUUACCAAAUAAAGGAACAGAAGAAUUGUCAUUUUGUGAAAUUCUUGAUAGUUCAAAAUCUGUUAUUGCCAAUCAGACUGCUGCCACUUUAAAGGGAAGAGAACAUUGUAAAGAAAUUCCCGUCGAUUCUUCAAUCUAUUAUUUUGCCAUGAUUGUUUAUAGUGUAACCACUAGUUUUGUAUUUUUGGCCGCCUUAUUAGUGAGUGUUCUUCGUAAUAAAAUACUGUUGCUUAUUGCACUUUUCAUUUCGUUUAUUUCGAUUGUAACAAUGCAAUGGUCACCAAAUACACUGGUUACUCUUCUUAUUACCUGUAUUUAUUGUGGAGUUCAAAGUGCUAGUGUCAAUUUAAGUAUCAGUAUUACAGUUGACUUAUUUCCGACAACAUUGAGAACAAUGGCUGUGAGUUUGAUCAUGAUGACUGGACGCAUAGGCGCUCUCUUGGGGAACAUCAUGUUUCCUGUUUUGCUCGAGUACGGCUGUUUCGUCCCAAUCAUCGCCCUGGCUUCUUUCAUUUUACUUUGCAUCGUGCUGACCUUUUUCAUCCCGAAACCCAAUAAGAACUUGAAGUAACUAUCCUCACAAUAUAAUAUACGAAUCACCCAAAGGAUCAUUAUUACAUCCUUUUAUCUCUCUUUCUACAAGUGGAUUCAUCUGGUAAUAUCGCCAACUCUCUUAGUCGUGUUACUUGAUAGAUAGCAAUUAUCACCCACACCAAUGGAAAUAUCUUCUUUUACCAAAUGAGAGGAGUUCAAACUUGAAAAUGAGAUCGAGUCCGGAUAUAACUUAGAGGAAGCUGGAUCAAAUUUUCUUAUUCCAUCGCGUGAUUGUCAAUGUCAGUCCUCGCGGCAUAAUAGAAUUGCGAGACUGAUCAAUCAUAUUGAAUUCAAUGGAUUCAAGUCGAUGAUGGGAAGUCGUUGAAAAAAAAUAAAUAAAAAAGAAAAGAAAUGGACAAUGGCUACUAUAAAGCGCUAAGUCAGAGCCUUGAGUUUCACUUUCGACAUCUCCUGCAGCCUUCACCCACAUGCUCGUAACAUCUCGACACGUUCUGCGAGCACGUCGAUCUAAAGAUUAUUAUUCAGUGAGUUCGAUUAGGAAAAGUUUUAUUUUCUCUUUAGAGAAUAGACAAAAUUUUCUUUCCAAACUCGUUCAAAAUUAUGUAUAUUUCUAAAGUAUCUUUGUAUAUGAAGAUCAAGAUAUAAGAAAUACUUUUUUUUGCUACAUCAGUUGAAUUACUUAAAUUAACUUUCUUAAUGAACUUAAUUUACAUAAAUUGUAAUAUUAUUCAGUUUAGUAAUAUAUAUUAUUCAACAUAAUAUAUAAUUAAUAUAUAAACUGGUAAUCAAAUUAAAAUAUUCUUGAUUUGUUACCAAUUGAAGACCAAAUGUUAACAAUAGUCUUAAUUUAAUUAAUGAAACUAUUUAAAAUUUUAAAUAUCCUAAAAUUUUAAAAAUUAGUAGAUUAAUUAAAUUCUUGUACUUAACUUUUAAAUAAUUUUUAUGACAAUUUAAAAUUAUAAUAAUCAAUUAUUUUUGUUAUAAAUAUUUGAUGAUAUAACUUUAAGUGAAUUAUAAUGAAGAAAUUUUUAC